AUGUCUGGUACACCCAGUGAAUCUGACUCGGAGAGCAACACUUCAUCAAAAGAUGUCUCUUAUUAUGAGGAAUCUGAUGAAAGUGAACCAGAAGUGAAUUGCAAUAUAUGGGACGACGAUUGCAGAAUUAUUCCUAAAAAAACCUCUAGCCUCAUAGGUUUUCAUUUAAUGCCAACAUGUGUUAGAGAUCCAGAUGAACAACGUUCAAAAAAGCUGAAAAUCUCUCCACAAAUUAAUAAGAAACUACUGAGUAAUACAGCUAUUGGAGAACUAAAGGAAUGUUGGAACCAGAAUAAAAAAUUAUUCAAUAAUUAUACAGAACUGAUAGUGGAUCCAUUCAAAGUUUGUGUUUUGAAUAAUUUCCUUGAAAACCCUCAUUUGUUAAAUGAAAUUCGACAAGAGUUUAAUGAUUUGGAUUGGAACUCACGCUACAUGGACUUGUAUGAAUUCUUUCAGUCAAAAGACUUGAAAUACUUACAUUCUGAGCAUAUAAAGAACAUGUAUGAUUUUUUGAAUACUGAUGUGAUUCAGUGGGUAGCUGAAAUUACUGGAUUUAAUCUAACACAUAUAUCUGCAACAUGUAGUUUAUACAGCAAUACAGAUUAUUUGUUGGUACAUGAUGAUCAACGUGAAGAUAGGAUGGUAGCUUUUGUAUUAUACUUGAUAGGAAAACAGGGUUGGAAUGAACAAAGGGAUGGUUCAUUACAGUUACUGAAUACAGACAUCAUGGGGCAGCCAAAAGAUAUUGUUAGAGAUAUAUAUCCAGUAAAUAAUCAGUUGGUAAUAUUUCCAGUAACAAGUAAAUCAUAUCAUCAGGUAGCUGAGGUUACUUGUAAAGAUGACUGUAGACUCAGCAUAAAUGGUUGGUUUCAUACAAAAAUACCACCAGUUUUUGAAACACCCUCCUACAUCCUACCUGAUGAAGGACUUUACAGUAAAAAUGUUAACAAAGCCAUUCAAGUAGAUAUUGAUUUGAAUUCCUGGAUAAAUGAAGACUAUUUGAAUUCAAGUUCAAUGCAACUGAUUCAGAAACACAUUGAGGAAUAUUCUGAAAUAUCACUCAGAGGGUUUCUCAAGAAUGAAUCUUUCAAUGAGAUCUUAAGUUGUCUACAAGAUGAAGAUUUGAAAUGGCUUAAGGUUGGCCCACCUAAUAGGUUCACAUAUGAGAAAGUUGAUAUAACUAGCCUUCCUCACUGCCUUGAAAGGUUUCUUAGUCUUUUUCAAUCUACUCAAAUGUUUGAGCUACUGCACAAAUAUACUGAUUUGGAAUUGAAUUCAUAUAAUGCUUCAAUGAAAUUCGAAUUGCAGAAGUGGACUCCAGGAUGUUAUUCUCUUUUGUCAGAUUAUGAUUGGCAGGAAAAGAAUGAACUUGAUCUCAUAAUUUAUUUUGGUUGUGCUGAGAAUUCAGAUGUAAUUGGAGCUAGAACACAAUAUGUAACUGUGGAAGAUGAAAUUCAGAAUGCACUUAUCACCCUGGAGCCUGAAGAAAAUAACCUGAACAUUGUUUAUAGGGAUUCUGCCAGGUUCACAAAGUAUUUUAGUAGACAAAGUAAGUGCCAAAGAUUUUAUACCUUCAUUUGUUCUUAUUCUGAAUAA